AUGUCUAGCUCAGGCUCCUUUCUUGUUGAAUGGUCCAAGGCGCAGAAGCCAAGGGCUUCCCUUGUGAAGAAUGAAUCCGUCUUCUACCGCAACCUCGAAGCGGAGCUCGAUGCCCGAAGAGCGGUGCACGGCUGCAUGUCAAUCCACACCAUUCCAAAGGGUGUAUCCGACUUUGCCUCUGCCGAUUCGCUUGGGCUCGGCUCCUCGGGUGUGCUUCGAGCUGCCUUCAUGGAGGAAUUGGCAAGCCAGCCGGAUGCCUGGAUAGGCGCGUCUGGGACAAGACUUGCCUUUGGCAAUACAGCAUACCUUGAAACCCUGGAGCAAGAGAUUGCCGAAUUUCACGGCUCUGAGACAGCCUUGAUUACCGUCAAUGGUGGCCAGGCCAAUGGUGCUAUCUUUUCCUCGAUUCCUCGGCCAGGAGACGCCAUUGUGUAUGAUGAAUUCAUUCAUGCCACAGUACACGAGGGGAUGAAAGACAGUCUUGCACUGGUCAGGAAGGCAUUUCGUCAUAACAAUGUGGACUCUUUCGUGGAAACCUUGGUCGACAUCCGUGAAUCCCAGCCGCUCAUCCGUGAGGGUCAGCGAUGUGUUAUUGUUGCUCUUGAGGGUAUCUAUAGCAUGGAUGGAGACUUACCUCCACUACCAGAGCUUAUUGUUGUGGCGAAGGAAAUCUUUCCUGAGAAUAACGUCCAAUUUUACAUUGAUGAAGCUCAUUCCAAUGGAACCAUUGGCCCGAAGGGUGCUGGGAUUGUUUGCGCACUUGGUCUCGAGAAGGAGAUUGCCAUUCGCAUGCACUCCUGUCCAAAGGCUCUCGCAUCGCAUGGAGGAAUUAUCUUGUGCAACCAAACUGUGAAAGCAAUGAUCCUCAACAACUCGAGGAGUCUCAUGUUUUCAGGAGCUCCAAGUUUCCACAUGUUGGCUGCAAUUCGGGCAGGAUACAACCUUCUACGGGCUGGUAAAACGGAAGAGGCCCAAGCUAGAAUGGAACACCUCGUAAACCUUUUCAUGGAGCGAAUGACAUCGAAUCCAGUUUGGGAACGAGCCAACGAUGAAAUGGUUUUGCAAGUACCUCUCUGGGACCUUGAGAAAGAUGCACAGCCCUUUGUGACUCAUAUCUGCCCUGUUAUGACGCGCCCAAAUAGUAAGGAUCAUCUUUACCUUACAUUCCAUUUGCAGCUCGCAGGGUUUGUCGUGUACCCCGUCUUCUUCCCUGUUGUUCCUAAAGGCACUGAGAGGGUGAGAAUCAUGAUCCAUGCCUCUCACACCGAGGCUGAAGUCGAAGCCCUGGUCGCAUGUAUUUGUUCCUGGGCCAAGGAGAUGCUCGAGAUCAUUGAAAAUGGUCGUGAUGGAAUUGAACUACCCAGCGCCGCUCGUCAAGUUUACGCUAUGGUUAACAAAGGCUUGACACAAUGA